AUGGCUCGAUCGGUACCCCACUUCCGUGAGGUGGCCUUCAUUGUGGAGAGCGGAGAACCCUAUGAGGUGGCGCACCAUGCCUUGCUGCUAACCUUCGGUUGCGACGCUGUGUUCCCUUACAUGGCAUACGAAGCUUUGCGGGUGCUUGCAAGUGAAGGGAAGUUUGGAGCAGACUGGACCACAGAGACCGGCUUUGCCAAGUACCAGAAGGCUGUUGGCAAAGGCCUUCUGAAGAUUAUGGCGAAGAUGGGCAUCUCCACGUUGAGAAGCUACAAGGGUGCACAGAUCGCUGAUGCCAUUGGCCUCGGCAAGGACCCGUUUUUCUGGUGCUGUGCCGCUGAAGCACGGCCACGGCCAUGGGCAUCGCAGGAGGUGGCUGAGAUGUGCUUCACUGGCAUCGCCAGUCAGCUGGGCGGCUUGGGCUUCGAGCAGAUUGCCUUGAGGUCGUUGGGCGUGCACGAUCGGGGCUUCUCCCCAGAUGGAGGCCUCACGGUGAAGAGCCUCUUUGCCAGCUUGCCGAAUGAGGGCAAAUACCACUAUCGUCAAGGCAAGUCGAUGAUGCCUGUUGGAAAUUCCAUGUUGGCAGUUGGCCCGGAGAAAACUCAUUCUUUGACAGGAAGUGAUGCCGAGAAGCAUUUGAAUGAUCCCAUGGUGAUUGCUAAGCUUCAGGAGGCAGCAAGGACGAAUUCCAGGGCUGCGUAUGCAUCGUUUGCAGCGCUGCACAACAAUUUGGUGAAGGCCUCGUCCAUCCGAGGACAGCUGGACUUCAAGCCGCCGAGGCAAUACGGACGUGCUGCAUUGCCUCUCGAUGCAGUGGAACCUGCCAGCGAGAUUGUGAAGCGCUUCAGAACAGGUGCCAUGUCCUAUGGAUCUAUCUCCAUGGAGGCACACAGCACCUUGGCCAUCGCCUUGAACCGACUGGGUGGCUUCUCCAACACCGGAGAAGGUGGUGAGGAUCCGGCCCGGUAUGAGCCGUUGCCGAACGGAGACUCCUUGAAGUCUGCCAUCAAGCAGGUGGCCUCUGGGCGUUUUGGAGUGACCAUGGAGUACUUGUCCAGUGGCUUGGAACUGCAGAUCAAGAUGGCCCAAGGAGCCAAACCUGGAGAAGGAGGUGAGCUGCCCGGGAAGAAGGUGCAGGGAGGCAUCGCCAAGACUCGCAACUCCACACCGGGCGUUGGCUUGAUCAGCCCUCCGCCCCACCACGACAUUUACUCUAUCGAAGACUUGGCACAGCUGAUUUUCGAUUUGAAGAAUGCCAACCCGGACGCUGGCGUGAGCGUGAAGCUGGUGAGUGAGAUUGGUGUAGGUGUGGUGGCCACUGGAGUGGCCAAAUGUAAGGCGGAUCACAUCUUGAUCAGUGGCUGUGAUGGUGGUACUGGUGCAUCCAAGUGGACUGGCAUCAAGCACGCAGGCGCUCCUUGGGAGAUUGGCUUGGCUGAAACCCACCAGACCCUGGUGCUCAACGGCCUCCGUGGUCGCGUGACCCUCGAGACGGAUGGUCAGCUGCGUACUGGCCGUGACGUGGUCAUCGCUGCGUUGUUGGGAGCAGAACGUUUCGGCUUUGCCACUGCACCGCUGAUCGCUAUGGGAUGCAUUAUGAUGAGGAAGGGUGUGCACGGUGUGCAUUUGAUGUUGUUGUCUAUGGUGUUUGUGGUGAUUCUGCAUGUUUACGAUUUCUAUCCCAAGCAUGGAUAUUGUGGAAUUGGUUUGACAGUUUCUUCAUUUCUGCCCAUCUCCGAUCUCAUCUCUCCCCUGAGGAAAUGCCACCUCAACACAUGCCCUGUGGGCAUUGCCACGCAAGAUCCCGUGCUGCGGAAGAAGUUUGAAGGUCUUCCAGAGCACGUCGUGAAUUACCUCUUGUUGGUCGCUGAGGAGGUGCGUGUGCUGAUGGCAAAGAUGGGCUUCCGCAACAUGGAUGAGCUCAUUGGUCAUGCCGAGGUCUUGAGGCAAGAUCCUUCCGUGCGAGGGCCCCUACAGCUGGAGGCUGUUUUGGCCCCUGCACACCAGCUUCCAGAUGCCGGAAAGAUGGGCAAAGUGGAGAAUCGCAAACUCUACACGCAAGAACACUUCAUGGUUCUCCAGAGGAUGAUCGACAGAACUCUGGUUGAGGAGUGCAAGAUGACCUUCCGCUAUGGUGAGCGCUCGUACGCCGUCAACAACCAGUUGAACAACGCCGAUCGCACAGUCGGAACGCUUCUUUCUCAUGAGAUCUUCAUGCGAUGGGGAUCAAGCUUGCCUCCAGGAACCUGCCACUUGAAGCUCUCUGGAACUUCCGGCCAGUCCUUCGGUGCCUUUGCAGUGAAAGGUGUCUUGCUGGAGCUGGAGGGCGAUUCCCAGGACUACUUUGGCAAGGGCCUCAGCGGCGGUGCACUUGUGGUGUACCCACCGCGCAAGGCCACUUUUGAGGCUGCGAAGAACAUUAUCAUCGGCAACACCGCACUCUAUGGAGCGACCGCGGGUGUGGCCUUUGUGAACGGCAUCGCAGCGGAGCGCUUUGCGGUGCGAAACUCCGGCGUGUGGGCCGUUGUGGAGGGUGCUGGCGACCACUGCUGCGAAUACAUGACAGGUGGUCGAGUCAUGGUGCUCGGAGGUGUUGGAGACAACUUCGGAGCAGGCAUGAGCGGCGGAAUUGCCUGGAUCUAUGAUCCGACGAAGACCUUCGAGAAGAGGGUCUUGCCACAGGACUUGGAGGUGGGCCGCGUGCAGCCUGGCAGCUCCUUGGAUGUUUACGAGAGCGAGGAGAAGGACCUGUUGUCGCUCUUGGAGGCACACAAGAAUUGGACCCACAGUAAGGUGGCCACGGCCAUUUUGGAGAAGUGGCCGGCCAGUGCCACCGACUUCGUGCGGGUCUUCCCCAAGGACCCACGGCACCGCACCGACUUCAAAGCGGCAGUGAAGUCGGCUCUGGAACGCGGUGAGCACUCGCCCAUAGGCUCCAUGCGCGAGUACCUUCCUUCCCAAGAAGUCAUUAACGAUCCUCUGGUCAAGCAGCGGAUCCGAAAGCACCCCAAGGUGAGAAAGAGCUCCACCAUGGGUGAGGGUGAUGGAGAGCCCAAGAGUCUUGAUAUGGAGGACAUGGCCAUCUUCCAGAAGACGACCAAGGGAAAUCGCCCGCAGAAGAUUGAGGAUGCCAAGCUUGUCGCAAGCUCCAACCGAGGCUUCUUGGAAGUUGAUCGUGGGGAUCUGCCGAAGAGAGGAGUGGCAGAGCGCGUUGCGGAUUUCCAAGAGAUUUUGGCAAAGAAAGAUGAGGUGGCUGUCCAGACCCAGGCGUCCAGAUGCAUGGACUGCGGGACCCCGUUCUGUCACCAAAGCGUGACCGAUAAAUCGGGGUGCCCCUUGGGCAAUCUGAUUCCGGAAUGGAAUGACUUGGUGCGCAAGGGCGCGUGGUAUGAUGCUUUCAAGCGCCUCAUGUCCACCAACAACUUCCCGGAAUUCACUGGCCGCGUUUGCCCUGCUCCAUGCGAAGGCGCAUGUACUCUGGGUAUCAUUGACGAUCCUGUCGGCAGCCCAGCCUUGAGCCAUGAACGUAAAGACAGGCUACCGAUCUGCAUCCACAAAAAAACAUGUCAAAGAGGGAUAAACCUUGAGGACAAAAUUAUGUAA